GAGUCGACAGUAUUUAGUUGUCUCCCGUCCGCUCACCAGAUGAGUCAUAUCAUUUCUUAAACUUUUUAAUCACCUUUACAUCGAUCUGUAUCUAUUAAUAACCACAAUUUAAGAAAGACAACAGUUUAAAUUAUAAUUAAAAAAUUUAAUCUGUCGCGCUUCUUAAAAUGGGACAAGCAAGACCCUCCGUAAAGCGCAGACUCUUUUUUAAAAAAACAAUGGUUAAAAAAUAUAAAUCUCCGUACGAGUGACCAAUCAAUCAAUCAAUUAAUAGUUUAUUAAUUGAUUAAAAAACAUUAAAACUAUUCUAAAGUGGUGUUAUUAUAUUUCAAGUGUUUUUACAAACAAUUAAUUUACAAAGACUGAUUAAUAAAUUAAUCAAUUAACAGGAUAAUUUUUUUUUAAUAAAGACUGACUAAGCCAAAUUCAAACGUGCCAAAGAGUUUAAGUACAACGUAGUCAGUAUUAAGCCAUAAAGUAUAAAAAAAAAUUGUUAUAAAUUAAAUAAUAAAAAAAAAAAAAAACAAUUUAAAAAUGUUUUUUGGUGGUAGUACAUUUUCUUAUGGACGGAUUAGUCCGACGUCUCCUACGAGAACAAACGGUUGGACUAAUGUCGUCAGUCCGUUUAAGAACACGCAGAUGCCCACGUUGCCGGACAUUUCGCUGAACCAGACAUGUCUUAACAGUUCAACUUCAAAGUCGCCAGGCAAAGUCCAUCCAGCCGGCGGCAGAACAAUGAAAGAUUAUGAAGAUCAGCUAAGCGCGCUGCAAAAAGAAAAUUUUCAGUUGAAAAUGAGGGUUUUUUUUCUUGAGGAAAAAAUGGGGUAUGUUGGUCUAGGAACUACAGAAGAAGAUAAUAUUAAAAAGAACAUUGAAUUAGAGGUAGAAAACAGAGAACUGAAGAAAGAGAUUGAGGAGAAGCAAGAACUUUUGAGCCAGGCAGCCAGAGCUUUUGAAUUGCAUGAGGAACAGAAAGAAGAAGCUAGCCGCAACCGAGAAUUGUAUGAACAGUCGUUGGAGAACGAGAGGCGACGAAUAGAAGAGCUUCAAAGAGAACUAGAGGAGUACAAAGAAAAAAUGGUUGAUGUGGAUCCAUCAAUUUAUUUCAAUGAGACGCUAGGAAUCACGCCUGAGUUGGCUAUUGAGAACAAAGAAAAGUUAUUACAAAUGGAGGGAAUUGUUGAGUCUCUUGAAGCUGAGGUGAAGCAGUUAGCAGCGAGUUUAGAUGAAGAAAGAACGUGGGGUCAAGAAUUAGAAACAGAAAGGGAUGAACUAAGGAUCCGGUUGGAAGAAGAAGUUAAAUCCCGUGAAAAGCUUGCAGCAGACAAAGACCAAGACAUUGAAAGUCUGCGGGAGAAGAUAAAGGAACUCGAGGACGAGGCUUUUAGACGCGAGAAUGUUGCCCAGCAGUAUAAAACAGAAUUGGCGGAAAAAGAGCGCGUGAUUAAAGAAAAAAUUUUGAUGUUCGAAGAAAAAUGUCGCGCCUUCGAGGAACUUACUGCUGUUGCUGAGAAACGCAAGAAACAAGUUGAUCAGCUUAGGGCUUCGGUUAAGUCUCGUGAUGAUGCUCUCGUUGAUUCUAAUAACAAAUAUCGCACUUUGCUAAAUCAGUUUGAAAACAACCGUAGAUUAUCACCACCAAGUAGCCCAUCAAUAAUCGAUGAUAUAAAUUCACCAAGAUCUAGUAAUCGCUCUACACAAAUUUUAUCGCCCACCAGAUCUUGUAUCAGUCCAUAUGACUGGGAUAGCGCAAAGGAAAGAAUGUUGAAAUUAUCACAGUCGCAAUCUCAGUCAAGUAUUUUUGAUCGAGAUAUUAAGGACUUGAAAAAGCAAUUGGAAGAACGCGACUUCGAAAUUCGUCGCCAAGAAGAAUCAAAGAAACAAUUAGUCCUAAAGUUGUGCAACGUCCAAAAAUCGAACGAAAAAACAGAAAAGGAGUAUCAAGACCUGAAGAAGAACUACGACAAGGCUCUGGGUAUGAUCCGGGAGUUUGUAAACCGGCAAAGUCGGCUGGAAGAGAAACACAAGGUCAAGGAAAACGAGGUAAAGGAGCUCCAGCAAGAAUUGAAAAAGAGCUCUGAAUCUUCAAGGAAGAAAUCUGUCCAAGUGACGGCCAGAAGAAACCUCGAGUUUGACCAAGAGGACUCAGACCCGUCCAGUCAGCAACGCUUCGAAGAAAUGGAAACCAAGAUAAACGAUCUUAGAUAUGAAAUAUCGAGUAUCAAAGCUGAAAAAUCUAAACUUGAACAGCAGAUACACCAUGGAUCUGAGGAGCUGAGACGAGACCUAGCAAUAAAACAGCAAGAAAUAGAAACUCUAAUAGCAGAACGCGACGAGUUAUCAUCCCUUUUGCAAGCUCACCAAGAAAAAAUCUCCACUCUCCAAGCAGAAUCCUCCACCUUAACCCACCUCGAAGAAAUCCACCGCAAGAACCAAGAAAUAGAUUCCCUGAACCUUGAGCUCUCCAACAAGAGCUCAGAAAUCGAAGAGCAGAACCAGAAAAUCGAGUCCUUGGCCCGCGAGUUGCAAGUGAAGACCCAGAACCUCCAGCAACUGGUCAACACCGAGCUCUGGAGCAAGAACAAAGAGAUCGCUAAGCUGAACAACAUGACAGUGAACUGCAAGAAGCAGCUCUCUCCAGUCACCCCUCAAGUUCCUCCCUCCCAACUAGAAGUCCUGUUGAAGUCACUGAGCGACCUUGGGAUCUCCAUCAAGUUCAACCACCAGGACAACACCGUCCAGUUAAGUUUCUCCAAUAGCGACGAUGCUGACAACAACAACCCUCAGGUAAUAACAAACAUCAAAGACUUGAAAGAAAAUAUCUCUAAAUUAUUGAAAAAGAAAUUCGAGUUGGAGAAAGAAGUCGAUUCUCUUUCCUGGUUGAAACUUUUGUCCAAGCCGGAGCACGAGAGCCUGCAAAUAGAGUCCAGGAACGCGAGGGAGUACUGCGAGCUUUUGCGAACGCACUUGAAGGGCCUGGUGAAUUUCAUGAAGGGAAUCCUCAAGUCCACAGCCACCAGCGAGGACGCAGAGCACAAGAAAAUAAUCAUAGACUUCUUAGCAAGCUCUAAGAUUCUUUCUGAGGACUUGGUCCAGGCUCUAGAGGACGUUCCGUUGACUUUGAACGAUUUGUGCAUCUGUCAGGAAGGCCAGGAGCUGAUAAAAAGCCAAACUGAGAUGAUUGUCCAAGAGAUCCAGAGCAAACACCGGGGAAUUCUUGAGUCUGCGCAAAGCGACUCGGAAACUUUUUCGGAGCCGGACAGGAAAGUUUCUCUGGCUAGAAUCGGACUGGCGGACGUCUACCCGAAGACGAGGGCCAGGAUGGGCCUGGGGAAGUUCAGCAAGAGCUUCAGUGACUCGGAAGAUUCUCUGGACUACGUUCCGUGCCACAAGACUUACCAGGCGGAGAUUGGUGAAAAUCCUGUCAAGGUUCUGCAGGAUAUUAACAAUGUCCUGGCUGCUGAGUUGGAGCAGCUUAGACUGGAGCUGGGUGAGGAGAAGCUGGCUUCAAUAUUGACCAGGUUCGAGGGCUCCAGGAGUUACUGUGAAAAAUUGUUCGGGUUGUUUGAAGAGAAGGACAGGAAGAAGGACAAGAGGAAGCUCCAGAAGGAGAAACUUGCUGACUUGGAGAGCAUGGCUGCGGAAAUUGCUAAGCAGAAGAAUGAGUUGAUUCAAUAUAAGGAGAUCAAUGAGAAGAAGAUUGGGGAGAUGAUAUUUACGCUGAAUGUCGAGAAUGACGCGCUCAGGGUCAAGCUCAAGAAACUGGAGGAAGAUAAUGAAGUCGCGAGGAAUAAUGUUGGGGUGCUCACUCAGGAUCUGGAUAGGUUGACUCUGGCUCACAGUCAGGUGUUGGUCGAGAAUACUAAGCUGACUAAUGAUAAGCUUAGGCUGGAGCAGGAGAUGAGGAAGAUGGAGGCUAGGUAUGAUUCGAGUGUCAGGAAUCUACAGGAGAAGUUUGAGAAGGAAAUUGCUGAGCUCAGUUGCAUGAAUGAGAAUCAUCGGCAGAGGAUGCAGGAUUUGGAGGGCGCUAAUAAGGAGCUCAGGAGGAGGCUUGUUGUUGAGAGCAGUGACUCUGCUCCUAGUUCCAGUGGCGUUUCUUCGGUACCCGAAGUCAAGUCUGAUGAUAUUCUUCAGGAAUUUCAUUCUUAUAGUAGCCACUACUGGCUGCCAAUUAGUUACCCGUCGUCAUCCGGAAGGAGUAAAUCAAGUUGCUCUCCGGAUUUAGGUAUCGAGAGUGAUGCUGCCGUGUCGAUAAGACCAUUAAAAGAUACAUUAAAAAUUACAGAGUCGAUGACUAAUUUGUUAAGCGACGAGGAAAUUAAUUGUAACAAUCGCACGCUCCGAGAUCUAGAUCGUGAAAGUCCGCUACAUACUGAAGGUGGACUUAAUUAUAGUCUAGACGAGGUCGAAGCGCUGAAGCAAGAAAAUGAAGCGCUGAAAAAACGGCUUAUAAAAACGAGACGCGCGUUAGAAGACACAUUCGAGCAUUUGUCGGCGUCCAAUAAGAAUAAAAAAAACGUGGAAAAAGCAAUAACUAAACAGCUUAUGAUUACUAAGAGUAUUUUAAAGAAAACGCGAACUUACGAGGAGCCUUUUGAAAAAUAAUAAUUAAGCUAAUUAAUAAUUAAUAUUAAUGGUUAAGAUUUUUAGUUUAUCGUUUGUUUUUAUUUUAAAUAUAUUUGGAUUUAUAUUUACAAUCUGACUGACACUCAUCGGUACUUAUUAUUAUAUAUUAUAU